CCCUUCUCUUGCUCUUCUUCUUGCUCUUGCUCAUCGCCGUCGCCCCUCACCAGCGCAAAAUCUUUUUUUGCUUCUUCUUCGUCUCUCGCUUCGCCUCUCUGUCUUCACCGACGACCUCCUGCCACUCGCUUCGUCCGCCUGUCCAGCAGCUUCUGCUUCUGCUUCUGCUUCUGCUUACCUACAAUCACCUGGUUUUCCCGUCUACUGUACUCAACCUGCCAACGAUCCGACCCGCUUGUUGUACAGCCACAAACCGUUCGAUCUAUCCGCGAAGGGGGCUGCUUGCCAUUGUCUUGUUUAACCACGACAUUCUCGACUCUUUUCUUGGAUUGCGCAAACGCUUUCUUUUUCAAAUAUCCAGCAUCGUUUUGACCCAGAUAGCGGAGGUUUCGAUACCUUUGGAUUUUAUAACACGCUAGCGGCAGACUGCUUGGUCUGUGUUUAUUUACCUACCUAUUCGACAUCCUUUCGACGACAUGCGUCCCACGGCUACACUGCUGCAACUGGCCCUGUGCCUUUCAUCCGCUGCGCCUCUGGUCUCAGCUUGGCCCGACUGGCUGCCCGCCGUCGACGCGCUGGUCGUUCGCGCUGAUAAGCCUGGCGACAACACUGCAUCUGCAACGCCCACCAACCCAGAAGAAGGAAACACGGCCGAGCCAACCCAACCAUCCUCAAGCAAGACUGGCGAUGGCAAGUCGGGUGGCAAGGGUUCGUCAAAGACGGACAGUGGUAACGAUAAGAAGACGACUACCUCCAAGAAAGGAAAGGCUUCUCAUACCCAGUACCCUCCUGAAUCCCCUCCAGGAAACGUCGUGAUGCAGACGCCCAAUGUUUUCGCCGGCAGUGCCCUGUACAAGAUCGGCGACUUCGUCACUUGGGGCUGGAACUACACCAACAUUCUCGGCACCCCAACCGCCGUCGAUGUUCUCAUCAGCUGCUCAACCGCCUCCGAGACCUGGACCCUCACCUCAAACAUGACAUUCAAGACGUCUGCUGAAUACGUUUGGGACAGCAGUGUUCAGGCCACCGACGUCGCGCAGCCCCUCCCCGUUGCCAUGUACACUCUCAUCAUCAAGGAUUCCGACGCCGCUAUCAGCACCGUUCCUGAUGCCGGUUAUUUGGGCACCUUCAGCAGCUUUACCUUUGGCCUCUACACCCCUCAGCCAUACGUUGAUUUCCCCCAGUGGCAUUGCGACGCCUGCAAUGCAGCCCUCUCCAAGUUUGACCACCAAGUCCUUGGCUUUGCUAUCACCAUGGGACUGGUAACCGUGCUCAGCUUUACCUGGUUUGUUUCCAGCCUUGGCAUCAACUAAUCUUGUCCCACGGCUGCAAACCAUGUUUGCGUGCGCCUUUUUGCAUCUCUAUAUGCUGUCUGAUUGGUGUAACCUGCCAGACAUGUUGCUUGACGAUUCGCGAACAAGGUAGCCAAGGGGGGCUUCGUUGGAUUUGCAUGCUCUGUUUUGCGUUGUGAUUUUGUUUUUAAAGCUUUUGGAGAUGGGGCAUUACAGGCGAUACUUGCGGGUCAUUUUCAACGGCGUUUUGUCUUUUGUGUCUUUCAUUUUACGCGCGCUGCUUGGAAAACAAGGGGGAGUAUUAAAGCUAUUCGGACGACUCUUUUCAUGAUGGGCCACUCAGAAAAAAUUAGUUACAAGUUUCUAAUGACAUAUACAUUUAAUGGGCCGAGCGCCUUGAUGUUGG